GGCAGUCGCCUGGGGCUGGAGCGGGCGCAGGUGGAGCGGGAGGUCACCAUCCUCCAGCAGCUCGACCACCCCAACAUCAUGAAACUCCACGACCUCUUUGUCAGUAGAGCUGAGAUGGUGCUGGUCCUGGAGCUGAUCGCUGGUGGGGAGCUCUUUGACUUCAUUGCGGAGAAGGAGAUGCUGUCAGAGGAGGAGGCCAUCGAGUUCCUGGGACAGAUCCUGCGUGGGGUGCAGUACCUGCACGCCCGUCACAUCGCCCACUUCGACCUCAAGCCCGAGAACAUCAUGCUGCAGGAGAAGGACGUCCCCAAGCCCCGGAUCAAGAUCAUUGACUUUGGGUUGGCCCAACGCCUGGAGGAUGGUGUCACCUUCAAGAGCCUCUGUGGGACCCCGCAGUACAUCGCUCCUGAAGUGGUCAACUAUGAGCCGCUGAGCUCCGCAACCGACAUGUGGAGCAUCGGGGUCAUCACCUACAUCCUGCUCAGCGGCUUGUCCCCCUUCCAGGGUGAGACAGACGCCGAGACCCUUUCCAACGUCGUGGCUGGUGCCUACGAGUUUGAGGAGCGCUGCUUCAGCCAGACCUCCGAGAUGGCCAAGGACUUCAUCCGGCAGCUGCUGGUGAAGGAGCCAGGGCACCGCAUGACAGCAGCUGAGUGC